AUGAUUGGAGCUGGAGAGAUCGCAAAUUUCGAAAGCAAGAAGGAGUUCGUUCUAGAAGCCACAUCAUGUAACAUCAGCAACGAUCGCAUACACAAUUUUUGGAUGAAAGAAAUUAACAAUGGCUGCAUUGUAGAAGUGAUCGUAGUGGAUCGAAACGAGAAACCAACUCGACCCCAUGUUCUUGAGGUCAAAAACUACAUGACGUUAACGUUCUGUGAUUUCUGCGGAGCUAUGCUUACGGGCCUCAUGCGUCAAGGAUUGCACUGCGUCGCGUGCAAAUGUAACUUCCAUCGUCGUUGCACUGAAGCUCCUCGGAACAACUGUGUCCUGGCGACUCCUGGCCUUUCUACUAUGAGCCCUGUCCCAUUGGGACCCGGUGGCAUUGGCAUAGGAGGCCCAAUGCCAUCAGGAACAUCAAGUGCUGCUCUGGAACUGCCGCACACACUCGUCGAAAACAACUAUCUGACGCCAACCAAGUGCAAAAUUUGUGACAAAAUGCUCAAAGGCCUUAUUAGGCAAGGACUGAAAUGCAGAGAUUGUGGAGUAAGCAAGACAUCUUUUUUCUUCUUUUUCUCGUUUUUGUAAUU